AAUGUUGCGCCGCACCCACUGGGUGUUUGUCCUUUACGGGACCAUUUUUGUGCUUAUAACACCUAAUUUAUGUCAGAAUGACACAAAACCACCUCACUCUGAUUAUGGGGCUCGACAGGCAAGUCGAAAAAGAUUUGGUGAAUGGUUACUGGGUAAACAUUUUCUUCGCAAAGUGGAAUAUCCGGGAUAUGACGGAUGGUACAACAAUCUCGCUCGUCCAGACUCCGGAGCUAUUGACAGGCCUCUUCUAAGAAGAAGUCCAGCUGCAUAUGCCGAUGGAACCUACGCCCCUGCAGGUGGCAAUCGUCCAAAUCCUUUCGACCUCAGUGACCAGUUACUAAAUGGCACUAUAGGCUCCAGAUCAAACACAGGUAAAACUGCGUUCCUAGUGUUCUUUGGUCAACAGAUUGUCGAAGAGAUACUCGAUGCACAACGCCCAGCAUGCCCACCUGAAUAUUUCAACAUACCAAUACCGAAGGAGCACCCUUAUAGGAAACAGCAUUCACAUACAGAAAUGCCACUACUGCGAACUAGAUUUGAUCACCGUACUGGGCAUUCCCCAAAUAAUCCAAGGCAACAGUUGAAUGAAAUCACUCCAUACUUGGAUGGCGGGUUGAUAUAUGGUAUCACAAAACAGUGGGCUGAUCAAUUGAGGACCUAUGCUAAUGGAACAAUAGAUCCCAAUGGUAAAUUAGCGACAACACCUGGCGGGCUCUUUCCGGAGUAUAAUACCCAUCGCCUUCCCAUGGCCAACCCGCCUCCUCCAUUCCACCAUGCUAAGUUUAUCAAGAAUCACGAAAUCUUACCAGUUACAAGAUUUUUCAAAUUAGGAAACCCACGCGGCAAUGAAAAUACAUUCCUGCUAACUUUUGGCGUACUAUGGUUUCGUUGGCAUAACUUCCUUGCUGAACAAAUCAAGCUCAGACAACCACACUUAUCCAGCGAAGCAGUUUUCAACGAAGCACGUAAAUGGGUCAUAGCCACACAACAGCACAUCGUCAUCGACGAAUGGCUGCCUGCGUGGCUAAGUAAACCUCUUGAAAAAUACAAAACCUAUGAUGCUAGUAUUGAUCCCCAGAUAGAUCAGUACUUUCAAACCGCUGCAUUCCGUUUUGGGCACACCCUAGUCACGCCCGGUGUGUAUGUACGCGACUACAAUCGGAAUGAAUGCGGAUUUAAUGCAAUAAGAAUUCUGGGUACAAAGGCAGUGCGCACAUGCAAUGCCUUCUGGAGACCACAAACCGCCUUAACUUCUAAGGUGAAUAGUACAACUGGAGAGAUUGUCGACAUUGACCGUCUCCUGAUGGGUAUGGCUAGCCAACUGUGCGAAAAAGAAGACCACGAAAUAGUCGAGGACCUGCGUGGGAAUGUUUUUGGUCCUCUGGAGUUUCCCCGUAGGGAUUUAAUGGCAAUUAAUGUACAACGAGGUCGUGAUCAUGGUUUACCAGAUUUCAACACGGCACGUCGCGCUUAUGGUCUAAAACCCUACACAUCGUUUGACGAUUUUAAAACAAUAACACCUGAAGUAAAAGAAAGACUGAGGUUACUUUACCGCAAUAAUAUUGAUAACGUCGAUACCUGGAUUGGAGGGAUCUUGGAAACCACAUCCACUGGCCCAGGGGAAUUGUUUGAAACAAUUAUAUUGGACCAAUUUCGACGGAUUAGAAACGCCGACCGUUUCUGGUACGAGAAUCUGGAAAACAGACUUUUUACAGCAGCAGAAGUAAAACGCAUCAAACAAAUUUCUGUGUACGAUAUUGUAAUGCUGGUAACCAAAAUGGACGCACUUGACAUUCAAGAAAAUGUCUUUCGAGUCCCUUCAGAUGAUUCUAAAAUCGGGGAAAAGUGCAAAAAAGUGUUUGUAAAAUCAAGCAGCUCAGGCUGCCAGAAUUGCUCCCACCUUCCUAUUUUGAAUGCUGCGCAACUUAACGAGCCAUGUGUUCAAGGGACUACUUUUGAUUACUUUUCCGGAAGUGAAACUUCCUUUAUUUUAACCUUCACCGGUGUGGCCACGUUUAUUGUCUCUGCCCUUACCCUAGCUUAUGUUUUAAUGCAAUGGCGGGUGCGUACCGUUAGAAUGGCUAGUCCCACUCCUACCAAUGGACAAAUCUACGACGCAAAAGAAAUUACCGGUCCACGUUCACCCUCACGAAUUGUUUUCGUCACAUUCGACGAGAGUAAAAAACAAAUCCUGGUAAUGGACCCCAAAGAAACUCUACUACGUGCAGUUGAUUGCAGCAAUGGAAUCACUUAUAUGUGCACCAUUGAUAAACCAGCGUUAGUGAUCAAAGUUCUCCAUGGAUACGACCUUGUAUUAAUGUUUAAGUACGCUCCUCUGCGUGCAAACUUCGUACAAAGCUUAACUUUAUUCGCGGCAAAAAUUCAAAGUGCUGUCCAUGAACACGAAGCAAAGCUGUUGUAUAAAAUAGCUGCUAAAAAGGUCAUCACGAAGCAGCAGCGACAAGCAGAGGUAGAACGGUUUUUCCGAGUUGUUUUUGGGCAAGCAUUUGUUAAGUCCUAUGAGAGUCAAGAGAAAAAUAUGGUGGAUGAUACAUCACUCAGUCUGGUGGAAACUGAGCUCACCAGAUAUGAAUUCGCCGAGGCACUAAGCAUGGAUCCAAAGAGUGCCAUAGCCAUGAGCAUGUUCGAUCUGGUCGAUAAGGAUAAAAACAAUUUUGUUUCUUUCCGGGAAUUUAUUGAUUUUAUUGCUACUUUUGCUGAGGGUACUGCUAAAGACAAAGCAAAAUUAUUAUUUAAAAUGUAUAACAUCAACGAUGAGGGAAAACUACCAAUUGAGACCUUCAAACAAUUAACAGGAUCAUUUUUAGGUCGGUCUUUAUCGGAAGUAAACGAAGUUACACUUAAUAACUCUAUCGAUGAACUGUUACGCAGUAAAAACCUCCAUGGGAAAACAGCGCUGACAUUUGACGACUUUCUAUCUAUCAUUAACGAAGAUUACGAUACUUUGAACAAUGUUAAAGUAAAUUUGACCAUUGGCAAAAAGAAAUACAAUACUGCCCAACAAAUGGUGGAUGAAGUAUAUGCAGAUGUAAGGCGAUUUGGGGCAAAACGUCAAGAAGAAACAAAGUUACUCAACGAUGCGGUGAUCAAUGAAGAAACUAUGUCAUCUCGAUGGAAUUUUCUUCGAUACGUGGAACGCAAGUCAAAAGAAAUAUUUUGGGUGACUUUGUAUACUUUGGUCAUGAUUGCCAUUUUUGCAGAAAGGGCAUAUUAUUAUUCGGUUGAGAGAGAAGUAGGCGGUUUGAGACAAAUUGCUGGCUAUGGAGUCUCAAUAACACGUGGUGCGGCAUCCGCCAUGAUGUUUACGUAUGCAUCACUGCUAGUGACAAUGUGCCGUAAUAUCAUUACCAUCUUGAGAGACACCUCAGCAAGUACAUACUUUCCCUUUGACUUCUGCGUGGAUUUCCACAAAUAUAUUGCGUUCUGGGCACUUGGAUUCACUCUCCUGCAUAUUAUUGGUCAUUCGUUGAACUUCUACCACAUCUCAACGCAAACCGCCGAUGAUCUAACAUGUUUGUUCCGAAACUUUUUCCAUGCGACGCACGAGUUUCCAAAGUUUCAUUACUGGUGCUGGGGAACAAUUACAGGCGUAACUGGGAUAUUACUGACGUUGAUCUUGGCUAUCAUGAUGAUUUUUGCUCAAACAUGGUUGCGUCGUCGACUGUAUAACUAUUUCUGGUACACGCACUCAUUGUAUCCGAUAUAUUACAUUUUGAUGGUCUUGCAUGGCACUGGACAACUUGUACAACCACCAAUUUUCUACUAUUUCUUUCUGGGGCCUGUGAUUCUAUUUUCCAUUGAUCAAUGCAUCAGUAUCAGCCGGAAGAAGACUGAAAUCAUUGUCGAAGAUGUUAAAAUAUUACCUUCUAACGUAACGAUGCUAAAAAUUGCAAAGCCACAUGGAUUUACCUACAAAGCAGGUCAAUGGAUACGCGUCGCAUGUCUAGGAAUCAAUGCACAUGAAUACCAUCCAUUUACACUAUCAUCCAGCCCCAAUCAAAACUAUAUUUCUAUCCAUGUACGCGCGGUAGGUCCUUGGACAAAUGCGCUACGUCAGAUAUACUCCGAUGCGCAACUAUACGACAGACCAUUUUCAAAAUUAUACAUCGAUGGACCAUUUGGCGAGGGUCAUCAAGAUUGGAACAAAUACGACGUGUCUGUUCUAAUCGCAUCAGGCAUCGGUGUUACUCCCUUUGCAAGUAUUCUCAAAGAUAUCGUCUAUAAGUCUAAUUCAGAACAGUUUAUCGGCAAGAAAGUCUACUUUCUAUGGGUAUCCCGUUCGCAGAAACAAUUUGAAUGGUUAGUAGACCUCCUCCGAGAAAUAGAAGAACAAGACAAGCACGACGUGAUCAAUCCGCACAUUUACAUCACCGAAUUCUAUGAAAAAUACGACUUACGUACUACUCUCCUGUAUAUCUUCGAGAAACACUAUCAGAAACUGAAUAACAAGUCGAUGUUUACCAAUUUACAAGCUGUCACACAUUUUGGACGUCCGAAUGUACCACAAUUUUUAAACACUGUUCUCACUCUUCAUUCACAAGUCGAGAAAGUCGGUGUAUUCAGUUGUGGCAAUCCAAAGAUCAACUUGGAGGUCGCCGCCAGUUGUAACAAGAUAAACAAAGCCAGCACCGCCGGCAUUUUGGAGCAUUUCUCCGAAACUUUUUAAUCAUUUUCAAACUCGUCUCAAACUUGUAAUCCUAGGUGAUGUAAAAUAAUAUCAUUAACCCUGAUACAAACAACAGAAUAUUAGCAUAGGUCUUGCUUGAUUCACCACAUAUAUCUAUUAAAGCCUCCUGCAAAACAAAAACAAAAAACAAAAUAAAUAUUUUUAUAUCUUUUUCACUAAUAAUAAUAAAUUGACUUACGUCAGGAUGAGAAUUAAA